GUGCGCAGGCAGCACCAUCACCAGUCGGGCCUGGUGCCUGGCCCGUGCCAUAUCCUCCUUUUUCUGUCCCACCGGUGACUACGGUAUCCCCAUAUGUAGCCCCGUCAUCGGUUGCUAUCAUUUCCCUGGGCAUGCCGCUGUCAGGAGGGGUAACAGCAGGGAGUAGUUUGCAGGUUUCUGUACAGACAAUGUUUACUCAAAGUCCGUCGCAGGUUGCAGUGAUGGCGCAGCCUGCUAUCUCCCAGCCUGUGCAGCCUCAGGGCACACAGCCCCAGCAGCUAGCACAGCAACCUGUGUCACCGGGUCCACAGCCCGGAGUGGUGCAGGGACCGGGACAAACUCAGUGGGUUCCAAAGACGGCCAUCGCCGCUCCCAAACCUUUUACAGGGGAUAAGAGGGGCGAAGACCUUGACACGUGGUUGAGGGCAGUGCCGGUCUACGUAAGGUGUAAACUCACCUUGCCGCACGAAGAAGUGCUUGUGGCUGCUUCCUACCCAGAGGUUAGUGCAGCAAGAUGGUUGAGUGGUUUAGUACAACUCCAGGGAUAUGGUCAUGACUUCCACGCCUGGGCGGCCUCCCAGAAAUUGGAGGACUUCCUGAAGAUGGUGGAAGAAAGGUGGCAUGAUCCUCAGGAGGCCCAAAGGGCCACUGAUGCGAUCCUGACACUGCACACAAGGCAGUUUAAGUCAGUAAGGGAAGCCACCGACGUUGUUGAGCGUCUGAUCUGUGUCCCAGGGGUGCGCUAUGACCCCCAGGUCCUGCUGACUUCGUACUUGAGAUGUUUUUCUCAGCCUCUCAGGAACCAGUUGGCAAAAGAGGCCAAUAUCAAUAUGCACAACUUCCCUUCGUUCAGCAAGGUGGCCCUAGACCUUGAAGCUAAGAUAGGGCAUGGACAGGCACCCACUACGGAUGGGAGGAAGAAGACACUGCCUCCUAACUGGAAAGCGAAAGGUCGCUUGAUGUUUGUCGACAACGAUGGUUCCACCAUCGAGUUGGACGACAACUUCCAGGAAGGAGUAGGUUCAGAGGCAGGCAAAGGGUUGAAGCCCGAUGACGCGAAGGUGGCCAACAUUUGUGAUUGGCCACGUCCUCAGUCUGUGACUGAGAUGAGAUCUUUCUUGGGAAUGACAAGCUACUAUAGGACUUUCGUUAAGAACUAUAGCAUAGUGGCCGCUCCUUUGACUGAUGUGACCCGCCUUGACAACCCAUGGGAGUGGACAGAUGAGUGCGAGGCUGCUUUCAGACAUCUGAAGCAUGCGUUGACGCACUACGAGGUCUUGAAGCUUCCUGAUCCUGACAAGCCGUUCAUAGUCACCACGGAUGCCAGCCAAUAUGGCAUUGGCGCCGUGCUCGCGCAACAGGAGGGGCCAAAGUUGAGGCCAGUAGAGUACAUGUCCAAGAAAAUGCCAUCUCAGAAAUUGGCUAAGUCCACUUAUGAGAAGGAACUCUAUGCGGUGUACAAGGCUCUCACCCAUUAGAGACACUAUCUCCUUGGGAGAAGUUCGAAAUAGGAAUUAAUUCAAAUGAAUUUAAAUUUCAGAA